AUGUUGGGUGCAACAUCUACGUCGUCGUCGACUUCAGCUUCAUCCUCUAGCAGGCAUUCUGAAACGCUUAUCUAUUCGGCGCUCUUUAAGAAAAAGUUCGCAAAAGUCUUCGGUUUAGAUUCGAAAGUUCAUAAAUGUAUUCAGACAUGCUUGGAAUCCGAAGAUCCACAGAGUUCCAAGCCUCGUGUCUCGAACAUCACGUUCUCCACGGUAACCAGCGCUACGGGUCUUCCAACAAUCGCAGCUGAGCCAAAUCAACCAAGGUCCAGUAGUUACUGGCGUCCCGACUCAUCUCCUGCUUCAACGGGUACAAGAGACCAUUCAAGAUCUAACAGCCUUAGCCGCGAUGAUGGAUUGUCAUCAUCACGUGAAUCUGCUCGCGACAGCUCUUUGAAUCGAAUAAGUGAGAAGAUCACAACAGCAACAACAUCUACAUCGAAUUCCAACCGAAGUCGAUUCGCCCGAUCCAAUACCACAGCUACCAGCCAUGCACCAGGUACUUCAUCGUGCAGCUCGACCUAUCAAACGAGAAGAACCAAUUCAUGUAACAACGAUGAUGCCAACACAUUCCAAGGAGCUCAAGCUAGUACAGUUGUAACAACUAUGGAUCAGGCAAAAUUCGAUACAGCUGAAAUUGAUAAAGAUCGAGAUUUAAAGAUGAUAGUAGAUUGGUCUUUGCCUAUAUUUGACAUGGCUGCUCAUUUCCCAAAUACAAUUCUAAGCAGGUUAACUUACACAAUAUUCAAACAAGCCGAUUUGUUCCGAAUUUUCAAAAUUAGUCCAAUAAAGUUCUUUAAUUAUUUCCAUAGUUUAGAAGAAGGAUAUUGGGAUAUUCCAUAUCAUAACCGAAUACAUGCUGCGGACGUGUUACAUGGCUGUUACUAUCUGACAUGUCAUGGAGUUCGUCCUUCGUUUGGUCCUUCAGCUUCUCCAGAUUCUUUGCUUCCUCAACCUCUUCCUCCUGCUCAAAGUAUGUCAGCGAGUAUGAGCACAUUAGAGUUAAUGGCCUUAUAUACUGCUGCUGCCAUGCAUGAUUAUGAUCAUCCUGGAAGAACAAAUGCCUUUUUAGUAGCUUGUGAAGAUCAAAAAGCCAUUCUUUAUAAUGAUCGUUCGGUGCUGGAAAAUCAUCAUGCAGCUGAAUCGUGGAGGCUUUUAUGCUCGAAAGGAUGUAACUUCAUCGAAAACCUGGAUGCUGCAGAAACCAAAAGAUUUCGGUAUCUGGUGUUGGAAUACAUAUUAGCUACUGAUCUCAAGCAUCAUUUCGAGAUAAUCAUGACUUUCAACGAGAAAACGACAGACAUGGAGCUUUCAAACGAGUCUGAUCGUUUAUUAAUAUCGAAAAUGAUUAUCAAAAUGGCUGAUAUUAAUAGUCCCUGCAAGCCUUAUCCAUUACAUCGUCAAUGGACUGAACGUAUCUGUGAUGAAUUUUAUAAUCAAGGAGAUGAAGAGAAGCAGUUGAAUAUGACUGUGACACCAUAUAUGGAUCGAGAUGAUGCUCAAGUUGCCAAAUUACAAGACUCUUUUAUCGCUCAUGUUGUAAGUCCCUUGGCUGUUGCUAUGAAUGAAGCUGGUUUACUACCCGUUUUACCUGGUUUAGUCGAGCCUGAGAUGAUGAUAAAUCUUAAGCAUAAUCACCAAAAAUGGUUACAAGAAAUAGAUUCUUCCAGCUCCAGCUCAGUUGCGGGAUUGGGAAACGGCAUAAUUGAAGAGGAAAGCUCAAAUAGUGAUAGUCCAGAUGUUCUCAAACGAAGCCCUUCAAUCGGUUCUGAUGUGGAGGACGCUUUUGAUAUGUGUACGAUCCAAGAACAUGAUGAAGAAGAAUAUCUCUGA